AUGUCUGAUAAACCUUCUACUCCUGAUCCCGCCACUGGCGAAGGCCACAAUACUAGGAGAUCAUCGUUGAAGUCGGCGUCCACGCCAGCUACGCCAGAGCGACCAUCUGUCACAUUUGCAAAUCCGCUGCAACCGCAAUCACCAGGUUCUGUUGGGUCAGCCAAAUCUGGAGCUUCAAAUGUCACGUAUAAAUCCAGAAUCUACCCCGUCGAGCUUGAGAUGAGAGGCAUAAUCGAAUCAAAGGAUAGCCCGCCUUGGUUAGACCGAAUGACCAAGGUACUCGAGAGGCGUAAAGGCACCACAGCCCUCCACGCAGAUACUAUCGCAUCCUUUUUAGAAUGUUUACGCGUCCCGGGCAAUGAAGCAACAAUCCAAACGGUCGUGGUGCCCCCUCUCAUGAAACUAGCUGUAAUCAUGACAAAUCCAAGUACACAUGCUGCUGUGGAGGCCCAAUUUGUGAGCGAGUGUCGCCUCCCCUUACCCUCCUCCGAUGCUCAAGGCAUAUCAAUCAAAAACAUACCGCCCCCGUACCCGGAUAUCACUGUUGGCCUCCGAAGGGAAAACUUCUACCGGUACAAAUUGGCGCUUUACGACCUUGGCGACGUCGCUGCACCCAUUAGCUGUACUACAGAUAUGCUUUUUCCAUGUUUCACCCUCGAGGUAAAAGGAGAUGUUGGUUAUACGGAUGCCCAGCACCAGAACAGACACAAUGCCGCAGUCAUGUUAUUCCACCUCCGCCAGUUGUCAACGCGCGCUAGGGGUGAGGAAGUUACAAGGCAAUCUUUCGAUAACGCUGCCCGCGUUCUUUCGGCAAUCGUCAGCCAGGGCUCAAUCACAAUCUCCGCUCACUGGACGACUUCUUCUCAAGGCUCUGACAAUAUCUCCUUUCUUUCUCAUCUGCUCAAGUCUAUUGACACUAGCGUUCUCACGCACGAACAAUGGAACGAAGUGUCCAGGUGGCUUCAGAACGCUGUCAACUUUGUUGUCAAAGAAACCCAAGAACAACUUGAGCGUGACCUCAGGUCCAUUAAUGAUGAGAUCCUGAAGCGAGGUGAGCAGACUACCAGCAGUACCUCUGCUUCCUCUACUCGCAAACGUCGCCGCGAGGAAAUCGAGGACUAA